UCUCAAACCCCCCAAAGUUUUCUCUGACCCUUCCCAAAACGAAGGGAACAAAAGCUAAACAAUCAGCACUUUUGAAGAGCGUUUCUUUUAUUUUCUCUAGUUUUCCCUUUGGACUCUAAUUUCCGAGAAAAUGUCAGCUGGCUUUGGAAAAUGCAGCAAAAUCCGUCAUAUUGUGAGGCUUCGUCAAAUGCUGCGGCGGUGGCGAAACAAGGCUCGCAUGUCUGCCAACCGUAUACCGUCUGAUGUUCCUGCUGGACACGUGGCUGUCUGUGUCGGCACCACUGGCAGGAGAUUUGUGGUGCGGGCGACUUACUUGAACCAUCCCGUUUUCAAGAAACUAUUAGUGCAAGCAGAGGAAGAGUACGGCUUCAGCAACCAAGGUCCUCUAGCGAUUCCAUGUGACGAAACGGUAUUUGAGGAAGUGCUUAGGUACAUUUCGCGAUCGGAGUCGGGUAAUUCCAUCCGGUUCUCGAAUCUUGAAGAUUUUCAAAGGUAUUGUCAUGUCGGAGUUAGGAGCACGCUUGAUUUGUGGACGGAAUCUCGACCGUUACUUCAUGGGUUUGCUGAUAAAACCAUUUGGUAAGGAGAAAUACGGACUAGGAUUUGGUUGGUAUUGUUUAAAAAUUAAUAAGGAGACAAAAAUGAUGGUACGCUCUGAUUCUGACCCGGGAUCGACUCAGUCCGAGUUAGGAAAGCUCUCUGAAGGAAACUUUAUCAAUUCCAACAUUAAAUUAAUAUACAAGUACAGUUCCGAGUUCGACUCAAAGUUCGACUCGGCUGAUUUGCCCUGAUUCACGGGGUCUGAUUUUUCACUUACCAUGUACAAAUAGGUGAGUUGAUGGGUAAAUUUAGGGGGAAACAUUUCUUCCUUUUUCUUUUUUUUCUUUUGGGUCGUUUUCCAGUUAUUAUUGGUUUAAUUGGGUUGUGAGCCACUGCGGCGAGGCAGUGUAAAAUACAACUCCGGAGAAUGCUUGGAGAUGGCAGAAAGAGGUGGCUGAGUUACCCACCGAGUCGUCCCGGGUUCGACUGGGAGCGGAGGCAAAGAAAAAAUAUUUGAGAGCUGAGACACAAUGAAGGAGGAAGAGUAAAAGCAGGAAGUGAUUAAGUAAUAGUAAAUUGUAAUCACUUUUGUAAAUUCCGUUAUUUAUUUGAUCAGUGAAACAUUUAAAGAGAAAUUACAAUUUAAAA